GUGGCCAUUUAUUAGCACCAAGAUGUCGGCAGCGCUCGGACGGCUGGCGUGCCAGCGCAACUCGUUCUUGAAGGAGCUCGCGACGACCGUUGUCUCGUGCGUCCGCGCGCCCAAGCUCAAAGACACCUUCCACGUUGUCUGCGCGGACAGCGUCAUCUUCCCGGAGGGCGGCGGCCAGCCCGGCGACCUCGGCGCACUGCAGCUGCGCGACGCGACCUUUGCCGUGACCAAGGCCUUUCCCGAGAACGGCCACUGCGUGCUGCAGACAAGUCACGAGUUUCAGGCUGGCGACAGCGUGCUCAUGACGCUGGACUGGCCGCGCCGCCAUGACCACAUGCAGCAGCACUCGGCGCAGCAUCUCAUCUCUGCCAUCGCCGAGACGACGCUAGGCGUCGACACGACCACGUGGUCGCUCGGCCUGGUGCGCUGCAACGUCGAGUUCAACUCGACGUCGCUGACUUCCGCGCAGCUCGAAGCGCUCGAGGCGGCCGUCAACGACGCGAUCGCAGCCGCCCGUCCGGUCACGACGCACUACAAGAACGAGACCUCGGACGUCCGCAUCGUCGUCAUGGACCAGCUUGAUAGCAACCCGUGCUGUGGCACGCACGUCCAACACACGGGCCAGCUCCAGUGCGUCAAGUUUCUCUACUCGGAGGUUGCGCGCGGUUGCACGCGCGUCUGGUUCGUCGCGGGCAACCGCGUCUUCAAGGAAUUUGCGACCAUGUUUGAGCGGGAACGGGCCGCGACGAAGCUGUGGAGCUGCCCGCCCGAAGAACACAACGAUCGCCUUACCAAGCUUCUUCAGGCGCAGUCGGCCGCGGCGAAAGAGCAAAAGGCGCUGCGGCUCGAACUCGCGCACCUCCUCGCGCAGCAGCUCGUCGUGUCGUCGGCCAACGGGUGGUUUGCGAUGCUGCACCGCGACGACGCCGACGCCGCGUUCCUCCAAGCCAUCUCCCUGGCGUUCACGACCCUCACGGCUGCUUCGCCCAAGGUCCUUUUACUCACGUCGGGCAAUGCUAAGAGCGGCGAGGGCGCCAUGGUGCUCUCUGGUCCUGAGGCAUUCGUGGCGGCCGAGGCUAAGACGGUCGCGGGCCUCCUGGACGGAAAGGGCGGUGGCCGCAAGGGCCUCUUCCAAGGCAAGGUCAAGAACGUCGGCAACCUCGACGCUGUCCGGGCGCACUUGGAGCGCCUGCAGCUCUAACGCGAUACCACGUAUACAGACACUAGUAUUU